AUGGAAGAAGAAAAAUUGACAUGGGAUCAAGCUUACAAGGAAUCAAAAUCCCUUAUUAGCUACUCAAUCCUGCUGGGAGUUAACAUGUUACAGAUAAAGAAUACCGUUAUCGAUAUUUUAGAAUGUGGAGAAAGGAUCCGGCAUGCUCCUUUGGUUAUUGAAGUCCUCGGCAGAAUGCCUGCUGUAGACAGACACGAUUACGAGUUCCCUCCUAACACUCAGGACUUUAUAUACUAUGAAAGGGCUUCAUUAGAGACAGAAAAAUAAGAAUCUAGAGUUUGUUCCCUUGGUACUCACAAGUCUGGAUUCGCGCAGAAAGUUUGCAAUGUCUUGAAAAUUCCAAGAAAACUUAAGGCAUUACCUCAUCCUGCUGAAGAAGCAACUACAGAGAAAGACUGGAGUAUUUAGCCAAAGUUUUAAAAAUAGGAUGUUAAAAGAGAAAACUCCAUGUAAAGAUGACACUGUUUUGAUCAAUUUUCUCAAGGAUGUAAAAUUCUCUGAACUCCAAGAUGACAGUCAGGUAUUCGGAGGAGUUCAGUAUUAUAUCCCAAAAGCAUUGUGUAUUGUUUCUGAGUCACCGUAUUUUAAUGAGUUCAAAAACUUAUUAGGAGCAUUGUAUUUCAAAUCUAAGAGAGACACUAGCUUUCCUUUUGGCCCCUAUCUUCAUUAUAUCACUUUUACAGUCCCAAAGCCGGGAAGAGGCUAUAUUGUUAAUGCAGCUAGCCCUGAAGGAAGCACUAUUCGGUUUAAAAACAAAUCGAAACACAAACUGCCGUCCAUUCAGGUUGAGUUCUAUUGGGAUGUGUUUACCAAAAAGGAAUUCGCCCAAUCUGAUAACUUUAAUACAAUUCUUUACUGGUUCAUGUGCCAAGUAGGUUCAACUGUCCUAAUCUCCUCAAGUCCGAAUAAGUUGAUUAAGAUGGCUGAAGUUCUAAGAACAAUAAUCUUUCCGUUUGAGUAUGAUGAUAGUUACAUGCCUCUUCUUUCUGAACAAAACUUCGAGUACCUAACUGCUCCCUUCCCUGUUCUCAUCGGUAUAGUAAACACUGCUGAGGAGGGCUCGAGAAACUCUUCAUUCACAACUACCCACAGCAGUCGUAGUGAGAUCAGGUACAAUCAUUUAUACCACGAAAUAGAGAAUAUGGCUUCUGAUAAAUCCCUUCUGGUCUAUCUUGAUGAAAAACAACUCAGAGUCAAAUUUGAAGAAGAGAUCUUAACUCUUAAUGAUUUUAAGGAGAAAGUUGAUGAUAAUGGUAAAUCCUUCUCUGGCAAGUAUUUUCCAACUAAGAACAUGAAAGAACUCAAAAAGAACCUUCAGAAGCUUAUGAAAGAACUCCAAAAGAAAUUACUCACUCAUCAUAAAAUCAUAACUAUGCAAGAAAAAGAAGAAUUUGUUGGAAAAGUUCGAGAACAGUUUCUACACUUCUUCGUAGGAUUGUUUAAAUAGCUACGAGAAGUACCUUCCCAAGAACAUGGACCAGGCAAAAGACGCUGAAGAAAACUUCAUAACUUCUUUCCGUGCUGAAGAAUUUACUAAAUAAAGAGUACAAAGGGUCCUCUCAGUUCUAUGAAGACUUCUUUUCUACCAGAGCGUGGAUGGUCUUUUUGGAGAAUAAGAUGUUCCAGAACAAGGAUGGAGUCAACCCUGUUGAUUUGUUUGAUAUGAAGUAUCAGAAGGGGAAGAAGAAAGCUGAGGCCAAGAUUAGAGAGGAGUAUAAGAUAGUUGAACCUGAGUUUAAGUAUAGUCUAAAAGAAUCUGCCACUCAAGAUUUGUCAGUGAUGGCAUUCCCUAAUGAAAUAAAAUUGCCAAUAGAGGAACUUGCAGGAAAUCUCUGCAAGGCAGAUCAAACUGAGAAGGUAGAUAAGCAACGAGUGAUUCUUGACGGGAUAAUCACAUACACAAGAGAGCAGCAUAUCUUAGUCUGCUGGAUCCUUCUUUGGUGAAUGUCUUUUAAGUACCUACAAUCUAUUGAAAAGAAAGUCAGAAUACAAGAGCUUGUUAUUGUGCUUAAUAGACUUUUCAAGAACACUGGGUAUCCUAUAGUAAACGUCAGAUUUCUUGAGUAUAUCCUCAACGCAAUCCUUGAGAGUGGUAGGAAGGAGCAUAUUGAUGUAGUAAUGGAGACUAUAAAUCACCUCAACAUCCCUCUAAGUCUCCAGAUGCAGCAGAUUUAUUUCCAAUGUUUCGACAAAGAAAGAGGAAAAGUUAAGAAAAGACCUCCUCUAGCUGCUCUCGAUUCGACUCUUGAAUACUUCAAAUUCUCAGAAGGGGCAAUAAACGAUACUGUUGUAUCUAAAGAAGAAAGCAAAUCAUCUGAUGCAGCUAGUUCUAAGAAGAGGAGAGAAAUAAAAUUGUUAGAGACAGUAAUCAAAAGUGGUAAAUUAAGAAGAAGGACUUUUAAAUCUUAUUCACAAAGAAAAUAAUUUUCUAGUUGAUGAAACCCUAUUCUUCAAGAUUCCUGGAGAGUGUGAUGGCCCAGACUGUUCUAAAAUAAUGGACAUUUCUCAGAUAUUUAAACCAUUAAAUUGAGAAGAGACUUCUUUUCAAUGAUUCUUUUGAGGAAAAGACAUGAGUUAUUUUGUAGAUUUUCAUAUUGGAUACCAAAUGGAGGACUCUAUUCCUAGAAGUGAAAAUAAACAUAGAGCCAUCGGAGUAGAGACCAGAAAAAUAAAUCCUUUUAAUCCAGCUGCUUCCAUAAAAGGUAGCUUCCAUCUCAAAACAGAAUUUGAGAUGCUUAACUUCAUUAAAAAUUUAUACAAUGACAACAUAUCAGAAGACAAGCCUAAUCAAGGGAAAUUUGACUUGAUGAUUCUUCGAGAACACCGCAAGAGUAUCCUAUUCAACUGAAUUUUAUUCUUCAAAACAUAUGGACUUCCCUUCGACUUCAUCUUACCAUUCGAAGAUUAUGAGAUAAAGUAUGCGUAUGAGAAGACGAAUCAGCACACUGCUGUAAAGGAGGUGUUCUCACCAGAAGAUAUUAAAUAAUUCUGGACCAAUAAUAUAACCAC